GGCCACACUUUACACGGAUAUGAAGUGCAGACCAUUGAAGACAUACCGGAGCUGUGUUUGAGCGCAUAUCUGUUGAGUCACGAGAAGAGCGGUUCCCAACACUUGCAUAUACACAGAGAGGACAACAAUAAUCUGUUUGGUGUGUCGUUGAGAACCACUCCGAGUGACAGUACAGGUGUGGCCCAUAUUCUGGAGCAUUUGGCACUUUGCGGUUCCCAUAAGUAUCCGUGUCGGGACCCCUUCUUCAAGAUGUUAAACAGAUCUUUGGCCACAUUUAUGAACGCCUUCACGAGUCCUGACAACACUUUCUAUCCGUUUUCCACACAAAACAACAAAGAUUUCUAUAAUCUGUUGAGUAUUUAUUUGGACGCAGUCUUCUUCCCGAAACUACAGCGCCUGGACUUCGGUCAGGAGGGCUGGCGUCUGGAGCACAACACCAUCAAUGAUCGCUCAGGUUCGGCCAUAUAUUCCAGAGGUCUUCAAAACCAUUUAUUGCCAAACACUACGUAUGGCAACGAAUCGGGUGGCGAUCCUCUUGUCAUCCCUGAUCUUACGUAUGAAAAACUACAAGAGUUUCAUUCACGACAUUAUCAUCCGAGUAAUGCCAGGUUUUUUACUUAUGGCAACUUUCCUUUGGAGUCUCACUUGGCUUUCAUUAAUGAAUACGUUUUGAGUCGUUUUACAUUUAAUGAAGACUAUAAGAAGUGCAGUGAAAUAUCAGAACAAUCCAAAUGGUCUAAACCGGUCCACAAAUCAAUUGAAUCACAACCCGACCCUUUGGCCCCCUUUGCAGACAAACAAACCACAGUUAGCCCCUAA